AACACCAACCUUUGUCAGAGGAAGUGACGGUUUCGACAAGAUGAGAAAUAACCUUAGUAACUAACCAGCAGCAAAAAAAACGACAGUCACUCAAGCAAGUUUUGUGCUGAGAUCAGGAACCAGCAUGGAUGAGCUUGAUUCGCUGUUGGAAGAGCUUGCCCUGAAUCCAGCAGGUUCAGAGAGCGUCAAUGAAAACAGGGGGAAUGAUGCAGCUGAUGGAGAGGUAUCAGGUGCAAGCUAUGCUGGACUUAUCAAGAACCAAAAAAGCUCAGCCUUCUCAAAUGUCUACAGUGAUCUGCCAGCUCCUGUGGCAGCUUCCUUGGAGCCUGACUCACCCACUAAGGAGCUGGACUCCAUCUUGCAAGAGCUGAGGUGUCUGGGAGAGGGAGAAGAGAUUCCAGCGUCUUCAACGACCCCGCCACCACUUGUACAAAAGCAGUCCAUGAAAAGGAAAACAGAAGGUGGACAACAGGAGAACAAGGAGAGCAGCGGCAGCACGGCAGGUUCAGAUACGAAGGCCUCGACCACGAGCAAGAAAACAGAUGCUAUAGAUGACCUGCUCGGAGGGCUGAGCUCUGACUUGGAGAGGAUUGGCGUACGCACCACGGCCAAGGGCCACUGUGCUUCCUGCAACAAAUGCAUUGUGGGAAAGAUGAUCACAGCACUGGGUGAAGUGUGGCACCCUGAACACUUUGUGUGUGUGGUCUGUAAGACUGAGCUGGGCACCACAGGCUUCUUUGAGAGAGAGGGGCGACCGUACUGUGACAAAGACUACCAUCACCUCUUUUCUCCUCGUUGUGCUUAUUGCAAGGGGCCCAUUGUGCAGAACAUUCUGACAGCCCUGGACCAGACCUGGCACCCCGAGCACUUCUUCUGUACACACUGUGGAGACCUGUUUGGAGCAGAAGGAUUCCUAGAGAAGGAUGGGAAGCCAUAUUGUUGCAAGGACUUCUACCACCUCUUUGCUCCAAAGUGCUCAGGCUGUGGGGAGUCAGUGAGGGAGAACUACCUGACUGCAGCCAAUGGCACCUGGCAUCCAGAGUGCUUCGUCUGCGCAGACUGUCUGAAGCCCUUCACUGAUGGCUGUUUCAUGGAGUUGGAAGGUCGACCCCUCUGCUUGGUGCACUUCCACUCCAGGCAGGGCACUCUGUGCGGCCACUGUGCUGAGCCCAUCACGGGCCGCUGCAUCUCUGCUCUCGAUCGCAAGUUUCACCCCGAGCACUUCAUGUGUGCGUUCUGUCUGCGGCAGCUCAGCCAAGGCAUCUUCAAGGAGCAGAAAGAGAAGCCGUACUGCUUGACUUGCUUUAACAAACUCUUUGUGUGAGACAUGCAGGACAUAACGCACAAAUGAUGCAACGGAAAAACAAAUGAAAUACUGCGGCUCUGCCACUGUUGAGCUUAUAAUAUCCUUGUCCAUAGUAUGAAUGAUAAAUUGAAAUGACUAUAUUCAACUCUUACAGUACAUUACAUAUCUGAUCUGUUUUUGCAUUGGUACAGAUGAGCAAUAAACAUUUCACUUUUUCAGUACA